AUAGGGAGAAUGGCUGCAUCACAGUAAUCUCUGAGUACUCACAGCUACUAAAUGGUUUCAUACAGUGGAGUCCCACUCCGAGCAGCCCUGUCCCCAGAGGUUGAGAGCAAGAAGCCUCUCUUUGGUUGGGCUGGGGAAAGCGCCUUGGCAUCAGGUUUGCUCUGGGAAUAUCCCAUCAAGAACAGGUGCUGUGUUUGAACUGAGUCAAAGAAAAUUCUGGCAGCUAGUGGUUAAAUUGGAUUCUGCCAGCAUUUAUGUAAGGUGGGGAAGCAAAACAGAGUAUCCUGUAGAAUACUGUUUAGAUCUUGUGCCUUUAAAAAACAUACCUUUUGAUUUUCAGUACUGCAAAGAAAGCCACCUCUAGUUCAACUGAACAGAGGAUCAGACCUUUUUGUGUGACUAGACUAGUUCUGCAUGCCUGAGAUGCAGAAGCUGGAUUUAAAUAUUUUAGCCCAAGGCACAUAAACUGACAGAUACUUGUUUUCAAAUAAUGAAGGGCCUAAAUAUUUUGAGACUUAAAAAUUACUGAAUAAAAAAACCCCUAACAAUUCAAAUUAAUCCUUUUGUGUUAGUGGUGCCUUUUGUAAUAAGUAAAUCUGAUGUUUGCUACUAAUUAAGGUAUCCUGAUACUACAAACAAAGAGAAAGGUAUUAGAGUUACCAUUCAAGAUGUUCCCUAAGUUCUAGCUGAAAAUAUAUAUUUAAAAGUCUAAAUGUCUUCCAAUGCUAUUAUUUCAAUUUCAUGUUGUAGGAUGACAUUAAACCACUGGUUUUGAAUGUUGUUUUUCUGACUGUUGAAAUUGCCCUCAAUGUACUCGCUAAGUGAUAAAAAAGCAAAUCAUCCCAUCCCAAUAUUUUUGAGGCAGUUCUUUGUGUUGACACAGCUAUAAUUGUAAAAGCCUGAUUGAGCCCCAUUAAGCCAAUAUCACUUCACAGGUAGCAAUAAUAUAAAAAUCAGAUUUUCAUAAAUUACACAGAACCUGUGAGGUCAGUAACAAGCAAUUCUGAUGACCUGAUUGUACUACUUAUGGAAAUGAUGCUUUGGAUCUAAUUAAAAGUACUCUUUCCAUGUCUGAUGCAUUCACUCGCUUUUGGUGCUUGCAUUGAAAGAUGAAGUCAACUUUAUCUUUUAUUGCCAAAUACAGGGAGAACAGGAAACAGCGUUUGCAGAAGAAGGUAAAAGAAAGGCCCCAAAAUUGUAUUUAUGUGCCCCUUAGGCAAUAUCUUCUGACUGAAGAAAGUUUUAAUUGUUAAAUUUGAGAUUUGUACAAUUCAGAUUUAAGCAGCCAUUCCACUGGCUAGGUUUCUCAAAAAAGUAUUAUUUCUUCUGCUUGUUUUCUGGCAGUAAAAUGCAAGUUAAGCUAGUAGGUGGCUUUCUGACACACAGAUGAUUAAAUAAUAUUAAAAAGUCCAGAAUUCUGCCAGAAGAUAAAUUAUACACUCUCAGAAAAAUACUUUAUACUUCCUAAGUGCAACUUGAAAAUAAUAGAAUAGUACUUUUAUGUUAAGAAAAGAGAAGACCAAGCUUACUGAAGAUGCACAAUAUUCUAUCUGCUUCUACCUUGUUUGCUGCUACACUUAGGGUGUGUACUCAGAAUUAUAGAAUCAUUUAUGUUGGAAAAGACCUUUAAAAUUAUCAACUCCAACUAUUAACCCAGCACAGCCAAUUCCACAACUAAACCAUGUCCCUAAGUCCCACAUCUACAUGGCUUAAUAUGUCCAGGGAUGGUGACUCAACCUUGUCCAAUGCUUGACAAUCCUUUCAGUGCAGAAAGUUUUCAUAUUGCCUAAUCCAAACCUGCCCUGGUGCACCUUCAGGUUGUUUGCCCUUGUCCUGACACUUACGACUUGGGAGAAGGGACCAAUCUUCACCUGCCUGCAACCUCAUCUCAGGCAGUUGUAGAGGGCUAUAAGGUCCCCCCUGAGCCUCCUUUUCUCCAGACUUAACAAUCCCAGCUCCCUCAGCCUCCCCCAGUGCUCCAGACUGUUCACCAGCUUUUUGGCCUUUGUUGCGGAAGUAUUACUGUCUACUAGCAUUUUCAUCCCUGGAAGUCACUGAUAUUUCUUUGGGUGUAGGUAACUUGUGUACAAUAUGGAAGAAACAGUUUAUAAGAUCUAGAGAAUGUGCUCAUCGUGGAGAUAUUUGAAGGAAAUACUGAUGGAAGCCCAGUUUUCUGAAAUACCUGAUUUACAAACUGUCUUAUUUGCAAGACAACACCUAUGAGGAACGCUGCCAGCUCCUGCAGCCUUUCCAGGACCAACCAAUUACUUGUCUAUAGCAGCUUGGUCUUGCAUCUUGCCCUGGUACCAGUUUCACUUAAUUGGGUGUAAAGAGCAAGAACGUGUGAAAUAACUCAAACCUCUUUCCUAGACACAUGUUUCCUAUUACCUUCUAGCCUUAAAAUCUUCCACAAAAGUGGAAUCAUGACAGAUUUUUUUUUUCCCCUGGGAAGAUAGUCACGAUAUAUGCAAAUUUUUCUUUUCAGUCUUUGACUACAUGUUAUUUUCUUGCUGCUAGCCCUCUCCCUUUUUCUUAAGUUUUUGGCUUUGUCCACAUUAUUAUUCAUUAGUCCCUAUCUGUUCUUAAUUAUGAAGUACAAAGCUUCUUGUCAUUCUUUAAAGUUAUUUUUUAAAUUGAAUUAUCCCACAACCCUCAUCCUUUUCUUGCAAAUGUAAAAAACUUUGAUGAGAAAAUUAUCCCUUUUUGAUCCUUCAAAGAGAAAUCUUUAAAGCUCUGAGGUACUUCACACUCCUAAUCACACUCUGAAAAAUUAAAAGGUAACCAAUUUGACUGGAGCUCACUUUAUUACAAACCACAGUCAUCACAUUGGCAAAGAUGAUGAAAAAAAUCAGUAGAUUUUCACAUGGCACCGUGAGGGCCUAAUUUAGGUGAUGGAAACUUUGUAAAAAUCUCUUUGUGCUGUUAAAAUUAAGAGCAGACGUGAAUUAUUACAAUUGCUCUGUAUAACUUAAUAGAUGGAAACUUGGUAAGCUGCUGUAAUUUGGUUGCUCUGAAGUUCUGUGGUCAUACCACAAAUUUCUUCAUGCUUCAUACCAUGGAUUUCUUCAUGGCCCCACGUACAGCACAGCUUGCUGCAGCCCGCCUGAGAACUGGGACAAGUGUGCUAGCUAGGAGUUGGAUCCACUAUAAUAAGAUUAUCCCAGAGCUAUACAGACCUCAGCAAGCAGCUAUUUUAAGCAGUGAAUAACAGAGAACAAGAGCAAACAGCCACAAAAUAUGUCCAGCUGUCUCCAUUUCUGGAAUUCCAGGGUGGACAGUGUUGCUGUGGUGUGCUUACUGUCAGCCUCAGGUAGGACACAUCCCUUUCUUCUCCCUUCACCCUCUGCUUUCUCUUCUUUUUGACAACUUUAAUAGUUUAAUGAAUAUUUUAGAGUAUAAGCUUUAAUCCUAAACUUGGCUUAGAAAACACAAACCAUAAGCCUACUGGCAAGAGGCAGUGAGUUAUUUCCAACAUAAUUGUUUCCACAGGAUACCACCUGGUAUGUAUUUGCUCCACUUUAAUAGUCUCCAGUGGUUUAAUGUGAUAUACUCAAAUCAAACCACUAAGCCAAAGUGCAUACAACACUUAAAAAAAAUAUAUUCAGAAUAAUGCACAGCACUUUUCCUAUCUUUCAACAACUACUUGAUUUCUUAUUCAAGUGCUACCAACUCACCACUGGAUAUGUGCUAGUGCACUGCUCUUGGAGCGGACUCUCCUGGCUCUCUCAAGCACUUCAUCAGCUGCAUGUAGAGGAGAUGAAACCUCUACCCCUUUCUUUUAUCCUUGGGCAUGACUUUCUCCUUCCACUAUAGACAUUGUCAAAGAUGGGUUGAGAGGAUUUGAGAAGAGAGUCUACAGUUUUCUAUUCUUCAUGUUGAUAGUUGAGUGUGGUUUUGUUCUGUGAAUGCAUACCUUAUGCCUUAUGUUGGAGUGCCUUCAUCAUCAACCUAAAGCCAGAAUCAGAAUAAACAUCUGCUUCCAGAUACAAAAAGAUCUUCUUCAAAAACUUUCACAAAUAGUCCUACAAAGAAAACUAAGUUACUAUUGCCUCUUUAUUGAAUAAAUGUGGUUAACAUCUUAAAAGAGUUUUCCAUUAAAGUGACAUUUUGUGACAAGAACUAGGACAUAAUCUUUAAGUCUGUCUGACUAACACUUGGAGAUGGAGUACUUUCCUCUGCUAUACUGGUGUACUGUUAUUUAUUUUUCUGUGAUGGGAUAUUAUGAUCAUAUAUAUUAUAAAUCUUUCCUGAGGGAGAUUUCAGUGACUCAUAAGAGUUCAUCUGGUCAAACUACUCAUCUGCAGUCAACUAAUACAAAUAUGAAGUGAUUAUUUUGAAGAGCAAUAACAAGUAAGUUAAGUACUUUUUAAAUGUAUCGAGAAAGAAGAUAAAAGUAUUGUGAAUUAGUUUAAGGGUUUUAACCAAAAAUCAGUGAGAAGGCUUGGAAUAAACUUCUACUUUCAGCAUCUCUAAUGUAGAGAAAUUAAAAGCCAUUGUUAUAACGUCCUAAAUUCUUUAGACUUGGAUUUAUUUUAUGUACUGCUAAUUGGAUAUCAGAGUUGGUCCCUACUGAAUAUUCUGGUAAAGGAUUUCAAAAUAACUGAAAUAAAUUGUCACAAAAUUUUAGUGAAGUAACAUUAUUGUGUAGCUCUUUCCACUUCCCUUUCUCUCCUUUUCACCUUCCUUUUGGAUCAGUGUAUGUAAGAAAAAGAUUACAGUAUAGAAAGAGGUUUUAGUAAAAUUAAAAUAUGUAGAACUUUAUAUCCUUCUCCUGUAACCUUCAUAUUGACUUGAAAGGGACAGAACAGACUCUUCACACCACAGUGCACUAGUUUGGGGCUUUAGUGAGCAUCACAAGAGGUCACUUCUAUGAAUAGCAUCAAUAGGGGACAUCAAAAGCCACAAGCAUUUAAAACUGAAUUUGGUGAAAAGAUUUAAAAAUUAUUUAAGUUAUUUUGAUUUAAUGACAAUUUGACCAGACACAAUGGUCAAGGUUUUUGGCUUUAUAAUCAUGAUCAUCAGUGAUAUUUAGCACUGAUACCAGUAGCAAUUAUUGCUCCUGUCUUCCCAUUUGGACAGCCAGAUCCUUUUAAAAUGUAGCUUCCUUAGCUGAUUUUUUUAAGCAUUGUAAUACUCUUGACUUGUGCAAUAAAAGUGCAAUAAGGAAGGAGCAGAAGAGGGUGCAGAGGUUUCCCCAUGUGUCUGUCUAUCCGAACCACCAGGGGGGACUAAUUCCUCAUCUAUAUCUUUACUGCAGCAAGUGUCUGAAAAAAACACCUAUGCUUGAACCAGGUCUAGAAAGUCACUGAGUUCAGUAGAGAGGUUGUCUUCGUUUAUAUUAAGAGAGCUUUUAUCUAAAAUCUUAUAAAUUUGCAGUGCUCUUUCCAGUCUGUGCAGCAACGCCAGCACAAGUCUGGCCACAGAGGGACGCACGUUCAGCUGCGUAACCGUGUCUAUCGGUAGGGUACGGUCAGUGCCGUCUCAUGACUUCUUCAAACUGGCCUGUGACUUGUGCUAAAUCUACUGGACUGACAGAAGACUCAGCAGAGAGCCUAACUCGGCUUCUUACUGCUUAAACUCACUCCAUACCAGUGACCAUGGCUUUGUGAUUGAAAGGAAUAUUUUUUUGACUGUGCGUGCACAAGGCAUCUCUUCUUUAGUGGCUGCUUAAUCACUGCUUUGUGGCUGUCUCACUACUCCAUUUCUUUUUUCCAACUAUUACAGCCUUCCUGAUUUAUUUCAACUUCACUGCAUAUUUUACUAUUUUUAAGCAAGAUUUGGCCAUCUUGAAACAAAACUGUGUUAUUGCUAUGAUCACAAAGGGUUCAAAUAUUUUAUAGUAUCCUGUUAAACAACAACAAAAAUCUGUGUGUGAAGUAUGUACUCUGGAGAUCUGUCAGGAAAGUUGUAUAAUUUUGAGUUUCUACUUAAAAGUGAAUGCUAGAAGUUCCUUUAAAUUUUGAACUCUGUCAGACCAGUGGGAUUCUUCUUGUGGUCUAUAGAAAGAUUUGAAAUACUGAGGAGAAUUCUCUAGCCACGUUAAUUUUUCAAUUUUUUAUUUUGUGAAUUAUUACAUGUAUGAACUCAUUAGUUGGUGCUUUCAGGCACUUGUAAUUGAAUUCUCACCUUCCUUAACUAGUCUGGGAACUCUCCCCAUCUUCUGGGCGCAAUCAGUCAUAGUUUUGUGCGUGUCAUUAUUCUGAAAUUAUCUUUUGUGUUACAUGCUCAGGCUUCUGAAAACCAAUUUCCUAAUAUUUUACUAUUUUACCUUUUUAAUAUAUAAAAUAUUACUCUGGUAUACACAGAACUGUGAGAAUAAAAGCUUUUAGACACUGUGAUGGAAAGUAGAAAGAGAAUGAUUGAUUAAGUUAUAUUUGUUGUAAUUUUUAUUGAGUUUCCUGCUUAACACGAACUCAAAUACCUGUGUAUUUUAUAUACUGCUUCUUUUUUUUAAAAAAAAACCUAGACAGUUCCUGAUCUAAGAGUAACCUGCAGAUAUACAUACAAAUCAAAAAGGUAGCUCGUGAGAAAUAAUUUAAUUUCUGUAAGUUGUUCUCCCAUAAAUUCAGUAGGUUUCUAUAUUUUACUAUAGUGAGAAAGAAAAUUUAAUUGUUUCCUGUCAGUUAGAUGGUGAUUGUGCUCUCUUGAUGAGGUAUUAGCCUUUAUUUGAUCUGUUUCUGUAGCUGGGACUAGCAGUGUUGCCAGGUUUGUGCAGUAAGUGCUGACCCAGUUUGGUCAACAUAAUUGAUAUAACAGAUACAGGCAAAAUGUGUUAUUCUUUGUGUAAUGCACUAACAGACAGAAAUAAGGGGGUGUAUCUAAAGUGCUUUAAGAGUUUUUGUUUCAGUGUCUCAAACUUGAGUAUCAAAAUCUGCAACCUGGAACGUUUUCAGCAUCCCAGGAUAAAAUCAGGUUGUAACCUAUCUUCAGUUGUGACAGAUAGAUUCUGUGUUCUUAUUUGAAACAUCCCAAUCAAAAUUUGACUGCUUUUGUUAGUAAUUGACUAAUAUUUGGGGUCCACCUCAAUCCAGCCUUUGCAUGGCUCUGUGCUCUUGGGCAAACCAUACAGUACUGCUUCUCCAACAGAGACUGUGGGGAAGUCUGGGAGAAGGUCGCAAGGAGACUCUGGUAGGCAAAUGUGGGAAUUAUCAGUUGUAAUUUUAUGGAUUUUUAAGUUUUCUCUCCCUUAAAAAAAUAACUGUGAUAGAUACAGCUUUGAAGGUGGUAGCUGUCAUCAUGCAGGACAUCAGUGGUUCUACUCAAUAGCAUGUCAGAUGGUUGUGUUCAGCUCCAUUUGGAAAUAUUUCAUCUAAUUACACUCCUCCAAAUUUCUAGUGUGUUCUUAAAGCACAGUGAGCUUUGUGAGAAAUUAUUAUGAAAGCUUAAUAAGAGUUAUUGACUACAUAUUGGUAAAAGAGUGGUCUUGACUUUCAUCAAUUUUUCUUUAAUAGGCACAGGAAACUCUGUGUUUGAAUUUGUGCCUUUAAAAAUGUUACACCUGAUGACUCAACUAUACUUGCCCUUUACAUACUUCUGAAUUUUAUUCUGUUAGAUACUGAGCAAAAAAAAGUGAUUAUGUUUGGACUUAUUUUUUUCACUUUAUUCACCUCUGGAGUCGGUGAAUUUCUUUGUAUGUCAUCAGAUCUUGAAAUGUCGUAUACUUUUUGUGAUUCUACAACUGAUGCUUUCGUGUUUAAUUUGACACCUUGCAGCAUCAUGAAAACAGACAUCUGGAAGGCUACUCUUAACUGGAUUCCAAGAAGUGACAUCACCUUUUUGAAGAUUGUCUUCCAUGUCUGGUACGACGGUGAAAAAGUGUUUCACUGGAAGCACCUCCUGUGCAGUGGAACUGACAAUGAAUACUCAGUGUGUGAAAUGCUGAAAGGAGAAACACUUGUAGAAGAAUUUGACAUUAAAGGUUUAAGAACACAAUUUCUAAAGGGCAAUUAUAAUAUUAUUAUACAAGGAUUCUCUGAUGAUUCUGAGAAUAAUAUGGUCAUAUGCUUGAAUUUCACCAUGAUAGUAAAACAAGAUGUUUACUGAGUGCGACAAACUUUUCAAAUAAUUCAAGAACACUGAGGUCACUUCUGCAAGCAACUGGAAUCCAAGCUGUGAAGUAAUAAGCAAACUAAAUUUCCUGAGGUAGAAUACAUCUUGUGCUGUCUGGAAAGCUAUAUGAUAUAUAAUCUUACUUGUUUAUAGAACUGCUGUAAUCAGAUGCUCAGCCAACAUGCACAAAAUCUCCAGGUAUCAGGCAUUCUGAUUAAUCCACAGAAUAACCCUGACUGGAUGGCAGGCUGAGGUCCGCAUUUUGGUGCUGUGCCUUGAGUUAUGAUAAAGUCAAGUUCUUCAGACUGAGCUAAACUAAUCAGGAAGUUUGGAAGUUUUGAAGUGCAAGAAUCAGAAGUUCAUCAGUACUCAAUUUAAAACACAGUAGCUGAAUUUUGGAACCCUGCCAUAAGUUGUUGGUUUUUUUCCUUUUAGCAAUAAAGCUUUUUU